AUGCCGCCUGCUCAGAUGCGCUACGCAGACGCGGGCGGGUACCCUGCGCACCCGCACCCAGACCGCGCACAACAGUACCCUGCGCACGACACAAGGGGCGCGCUCGCGACAAGUGCUGCUCGCCCGUUGUUGCCGCCAAACGGGUACCAGGCGUUUGCGAGCCGCCAGGCUCCUCAGCCGUAUCCUGGAGGAGGACAGUACUACGAUGCACGAGCUGGACCUGGAGGAGGAGGGGGACCGUACGCAGCUGCUCACAUGAGCGCAGCUGGCGGAGUUGCCGUCGUCGUUCCCGGCGCACCUUCGCUGCCGCCGACGAUCAACGGUGGCGGACCGUCGUCCUUCGUCAACCAGCACAUGCAGCCUCGACAGGCACAUCCUCACACGAGACCGCCUCACCCGCAGGCAAUGCAUGCCGCACCUCCUCUUCGAGUCCAGACAGACAGGCGUGUCGUCGACGCAGGACACCAGCACCCUCGACAGUCUUCGCCGACGAAGCUGUCGAAGCGAGGACCUCCUCACGGCCACCCUCACCCGCCUGUUCCCGCCGGACCGCUCUUCCACCCUGCCGCACUUUCGCAACGCCCUCCUCCUCGCGAUCCUUCCGACCCCGACCUCCUGCGACCCAGCACGACCUGGAAGCCACGCACGACGUCGCGCAUCGGCGCGCCAGGGUCGCUCCCGCCUCCAUCGGCAGCGAUGGCAGGCAGCGCGCACGCUUCCCCUCUCCCGUCUCCCUCGCUCUCGAACGGCUCGCACUCAACAACCGCGUCUUUCCCGGGCCAUCCCAACGGAUCGAAUACCUCCCUCAACUCGCCGCGGUCGCAAUCGCAGUCGCGCUCCCCAAAACACCGCCAGCACGGCGGCGCUCCUCCUCCUCCUCCCCUCGCCCCUCCCUUCAACCCGUCCGACUGGUGCACCCACCCUUCCCAAUCACAAGUCGUCUCUCCCUCUCUCUACCUCCUCUGGCAAUCCUCACCCCUCCCCGGACGCGCAAAGUUCGAGUCGGUCUUUGUCGAUGCCGAGCUGCGACGCGUCAACUACGUCGCGAGGGAGUACCAUCGAGGACGGGACGGGGUUCUGCGCCGGGAGGGCGAGAAGGGAUCUCAGAAGGCGGAGGACGAGGCUGGCGCUGCCGCGGGUUGGGCGGACUUUUUCGAUGGGUUUGACGCGCACAACGGAGGCGGAGGAGGAUUGGAGUGGUUGUUACUCGAGGUGCCGAGUGCGAGCGCGCGCGAACGUGGGUCAGACCAGUUGGCCAAGGUUGGACUGGUCACGGAGGAGACGCUCUUCCUCCCGCUCGGGAAGAACAUCAAGUGGCGCAAGUUUUACAAGGAGCCGGUGUUUGGCAGCGGCGAACCGACAUGGAAGGGUGUCGGGGGCGGCAAGUACAAGUGGCAGAAGGAGAAGGACUCGGAGGAGUGCUACACGCUCGCCGACGACAAGACCAAGGAGACCGUCGUCUCUGUGCUCGAACGGCCGGGCAAACCGACACAAAUCAUCCUCUCCGCCCUCAUCCAGCCUUCUCUCCACCCGAUCCUCCUCACCCUCCUUCACCGGACCUUCCUCACGGACCAGAAGCGCCGCAGCAAGGACCAAGAACGGUGGGAAGAGGAGGAGGUCGUUACUUGGUGA